AAACGAAACACGUCUCUAAAAUGUAUCGAACAUAUUUAUACCGCUCAUCUCAGUUUAAAAUAUAUCAUCAAUACAUAAGAUCAAUAAGCUUUCAAUAAUAGGUAACGCUACCUUCAUAGAAAGCCACUUGAGCCUCAAUGAAGGCAUCAAUUUAAAAACAGCUUCAUUAUUUUCCGUCAAAUGAAAGGCGUCGUAUAAUAUUUUUUUUUCGUUAGUAAUGAAGUAACUAUGUGGUGAAACGUUUGAUUUGAUCGUGGGGUGAAUUGGCCAUUAUACAUGAAGGAGUGCAGUGUGUGCGCGGCGGCAGCGGCUGCGGCGGCGGCAGCAGCGUCUUGGAACACGACGUGUGAGCCUGAUGCUGGGAAGACUUCGCCUGUCGUCACCAACGGGACAGUCAACGGUGACGCGUAUGAAUACAAUAAAGCCUUUGAAGGCGCGAGCGGCAGCGCCGUGACGGGAGUGACGAGGCGCGGCUCCUGCAAGUGGUUCAACGUAGCCAAGGGCUGGGGGUUCAUCACCCCAGAAGAUGGCGGACAGGACGUCUUUGUACACCAGAGCGUUAUUCAAAUGCCUGGCUUUAGAUCGCUCGGAGACGACGAAGUGGUGGAGUUCGAGUGCAAAGAGUCUGACAAGGGGCUGGAGGCGACGCGCGUGUCCGGACCGUCUUCUGUGGACUGCCAAGGCUCCCAUCGAAGGCCCUUGUCAAAAAAACGCUUCAGAAAGAUACGAUGCUACAACUGUGGUGAAUUCGCAAACCACAUAGCGGCUAAGUGCAGUAUAGGGCCACAACCAAAGAGAUGCCACAAUUGUAAGAGUGAGGAUCACCUCAUUGCUGACUGUCCUAUAAAGGUGGAGAAGAAAAAGGACGAUUCGCAAUCAAAGAAUUCUGGCAGUUCCCAAGGCAGCGCACAGGGCAGCCCUCAGCAGCCCUAACCUUAUCGUCUACGACUACAUAUUUGUUAUUUUAACAUUCUGAGUGCCUAGUGGGAGUUUAUAAUUUUUUCAUACUGUGACGAUCGCCUAAACAUAAACGCGAAUUUACACGGAAGUGAAACAAUUGUGCAGUAGUGCCACUAGAUGGUGCUGUUUCAAUUCCUUAUAAAUUCGCGUUUACGUUUACGUGAUCGUCACAGUAUGAAACUGCCACUAGGCACACUGUUGGUGUCUCAGCUACCUGCCAUGACAAAACACUGUAUUUUCAGAUACAAUGUAAUGUCAUAGCACGCCAUUAUGAAGACACUGUCGUAACUUAAAAUUUAACAUUUUUAACAUUAACUGUUGGAUCUCCAACAGUUAAGUUAGUAUAAACUACACCUAUUAUUAACACCUAUAUAAUGUAACUUGUAACGAAUCUACCUCAUUGUUUUAUUACCUAAGGACCAGUGUUAUACAUAUUUUGUUAAGAACAAGACUGAUCGUAACAAAACCGUAAAGUACAAAACUAUUCUUAGAUUUUAUAAUUUAAAUUGACAAACGUAACUUUAGUACAAAUUAUAUGUGUUCGAGUGCCCUUUAUUAUUACUUGAUAAUUAUAUUAUUUUAUACCCAAAGUUGUGUGUGCUUGUAUAAUUAUUAAUAAUUUGUUGGUAUAUUCUAUUAUGUAACCCAUAAAAUUAUAUUUAGUUUUAAGUUUAGAAUUUUAUCCUGGCUAUGAAUCAAUUAGCGCAUAAUAGUGUACGUAACCUUCGUCGUAGACGACACUAUGUAAACAAAAUAUAUCGGAUACAAAUUUGAACGCCAUUAAACUUGUUUUUCAAAACUCUGCGCAUAUUCAUAAGUAAUACAAAACAAUACGGUAUUUUAAAACGACAGGUUUACAACAAAUAAAAAAUUAAAUAAAUUAGCUAGAUCUGUUAUAAUUGAACGCAGAUUGAUACUUCGUAUUGCCGAGGUUUUACCGCGCGAAAACUUUUUAGAUUAUGUUUGGAUUUGUGUAAGCUUUUUUUUGCAAGUUUUAAGUUAAAACUAUCAGGCCAUAAAAUAAUAAUAUAAUAUAAAAUAAUAAAUCAGGCCUACCCCAUUUAACAUUCUUUGUUAUGUACUUUUAGGAUUUUUUUUUAAUUUCAAGAGGGCUUAGUAUACAAGCCUUUUUGAAAACAUCAAACUUUGUUGGGAAUGUGUGACUUUACAACCGCUUUAAUAUUUUUUAACCGCUUUUUCAAUUAUUAAUAAAAAUUUUCAAGUUUAAAAAAUUUAAAUAAUUGUAUAAAUACCACAAAACUUUUAAAAUUUACCUUAAGGUGUGAAAAAAAUAGUGAAUUUUCAGUUAUAGUUUGUGUGUGAAAAUUUUGCUUUUAAAAUUUUAUGUUGCACGAACCUUUACGACAAAAAAAAAACUUUUUUUAUUCUCAAAUUCAGUCAGGUUUUUAUUUUAUAUCAUACAAAAAUAGGCAAAAAUAAUAUAAUUUUUCCAAAGAUUUCACCUUUUUCUAAUUACUAGGACAGAAAAAAAUUCAGUCUAGUUUUUAAGAUCAAAGGCUAAUAAAGAGAACAGUAAUUCAAUUUUACAAUAAAGUGCAACUUUAUGUGCCAAAGCAGAAAAUUUUUAUUGCAAUAUAAUUAAUAUAUUUUAGAAUGUAAAAUUUAACGUCAAUUAAGUAUCUACUAAUGUCAUUCCAUAAGAAGUUAAACCUCAAAGUAUGUUUUGUAUUAGCUUCAAAAUUUUCUACAGUAAAAUCAUCCAUAUUAAACAAAAGUAACAUGCUAUAUAAUAUUAUGCGAAUAAUGUUUAAGCCCAUCGAUUUUAAAACUAGUUGUAAGAAAUAUAAAGGUAGAAGUUGAUUAAGUUACUAUUUUAUUUGGUGUGAAAAAUGAACAAAAAUUUUCAUUUUCAUCACACGUUUUGUUAAACUUUUAAUAUUAUAAGAAAAAUAUAUUUAGGAAUACCUCAAUACUGUAACUGAUCUACCUCAUACUUUAUUACAAUUUUAUAUUAGGAGUUAAACUUAAUGAAUGUUAGUAUAUCACUUUAAGUAAUAAUGUAAGGGAUACUUUCCUCAUAAGUCUCAUUUGUUUACAUAUACGAGUACAUACAAAAUAACGUUGAUUUAUAAAAACAUGAAAAAUCACUUUUAAAAAUUACCAAAAUCCACUCAUUGACACUUCUUUGUGCCUAAUCAACUGUCAGUCAGGGCUCCAGAGCGAGUCUCCUCGCCAUACGCGCCUUCUUGAAGAUUACAAUCUUCUGUAUUCAACCCUUAAUCCAGCAUUCAAGCGAAAGCUUCUUGAGGGGGUAGUCGAAGAAUUUUCACCGUAAGAUUUUUAUGAAUUAUCGGUUGAUCCAAUAUCCUAGGUAGCGGUAAUCUCCGGCCAUUUAUUUUGAUAUUUAUUUCUUUUCAGUUUACACCUUACCUGUUCAUACUAGUAGUUCAGAUCGUCAUGUGGAAUAUAUCUUGUGGAUCGAUUCUUUGUGUGUAAAUGUAUUUUAACAUAGACGGAAACGUUCUUUUUUGAGUAUGUCUAUAAGUAUUCGCAUGAAUAUUUCUUAACAUCAGGUAUUGUGCCGAAAAUUCUACUGAAAACUAUAAGUAUAUCUGCUAGAUGGUUUACAAAAGCCUUUCACAAAACAAAUUAUUUUUUAUAAAAUUCUUAUAAUUUUUUUUAGACUAUAAUAAUUAUUAUAUCAAAAAAUUAUAUCUAUGUAUAUUCAGCUGUGGAUACUUAUCUUUUCCAGAUUUCCAUCUCAUAUACGUUUCACUAAACUUUUAACUUCUAAAAUGCUUAAGUAACAAAUUAUUUGUCAUUUUUAAAAUUUAAUUUAUAUUAAAAUAUACAAAAAUACUAUACAAUAAAAAAAUAAUAUAAAAUUUUUAAUAGUGUUUUGUAUUAUACAAAAUAUAAUAAACUAAACACUAUUAAAAAGUCAACCCUGCCGCUGCAUUUGAAUGCCCAAGCAACCAGCCAGAGUGAGGAACCUCCUUACAAUACGUGACGUCUCAAGAAUCAUUGCUGUCUGUACCCGACUCAUGAUCCAACAGUUGAGCGAAAUCUUGAGGUUUUAGUCGAAGCUUUUGGCUAUAUGACCAUUGACUGAAACAACUAUCGGAACAAUAAUAGUUGACUCAACAUUCCACAUGGCGAUAAUCUCGUGAACAAGGUCCAAGUAUUUACUUCGUCCUUUUCGGCUAUAAUAUACAGGGUGUCCCGUAAAUAUUACGACAUACUUUACGAGAUGAUAGCUGACAUCAAGACCAACUAAAAUAACGCAGUAUAUUAUGUUAGCCGAAAUUUUACGUUUUACGAGUUUUAAAGUUAUAUCGAUUUUUGUACAAAAUUCAAAAAUCCCUACCUUCAUUGCCGUUAAGUCAUACCAUGUGUGUGAAAAAUUACUUAUUUAUAAAUAAUUAUUUACGUAAUUAUUUUUGAAAAGUUGUUUCAAGUAAUGAUAGCAAGUAAUGAUAGUUUAAUUUUUCUACUGCAAAGUAAGUUUUUACCAAAAAUGGAAUACCAUUUUUUAUGUUUAACGUUUUUUUGUGUAUGUAUUUUUAACGUUCACUUUGAAAAAAUAUUGUACUAGGCAAAGUUGUACAUCUAACUUAAAAACUUGGCCAUUUAUUGGGGGAUUCCAAAGAUGUACAAUAUUAGUACAUUAUUGUCAAACGCUUCGUCACUUAAUGAAUUAGGACUUAAUGUCAGCUAUUACCCUGUACGUCGUACUAUUUACGGGACACCCUGUAUAUUUAUUAAUGAAUAGAAAGAUAUAAUGUUAUUUCCCACGUCCUGUAAAACCUGCAUUUCGUUUCACUUACAGCACUAUGUUAAAACAAUAAGAUUCCUUGAAUAUUAUUUAGAUAUAUAACAUACAAGUACAUAAAUUUUGUUUUAUUUAGAGACUGCCUGCAUUUAAUAUUAAAUUAACAUUAAAUACUUAAGAAAUAAUUAUAAGGAGUUGAAAAAGUUUCAUUAUAUCAGGUAUAAAAAUCGUGUUAAAUGAAUCACGUAGUUUUCUGUGGCAUUUACUAUAAAAUUUACUAUAGUAAGGAACAUAGAAGUCAAUGAAAAAUUGUAUUCUUUUCUAACUAGUGAUUACAAGCAAUACUGACUGCAUAGUUAACUGGUAUUUAGCAAACUAUAUUUUGAAUUAAAAAAAAUGACAGCAUAAUCAUUGAAAAUUAGGUAUUACGAAUACGGGUUUCUUAAAUUUAAUUAUUAUAUAGAUAUAAGAAUGUAAUUAUUUAUAAGGUUUUAAAGACUAUUGGAAAUCAUCUACCUCAUAAUUUAAUAAAAUUUAGAGUUUAUUAUUAAGUUAAAAUUAUAAACGUAUACAAAGUCUAGGAUUAUUUUCAUUCUAUCUUCGAAUGCUGAAUGAUUAAAGGUUUUGUAUUUCUUAUGUUUAGAGUUUAAAUUUUGUUUUCUUUUUAUUUUUCAAAGAAAAAUAAAGUAUAAAAUGUAAA